AUGGGAACAUUAUCUGCUAAGCCUUCUGGAAAUAUAUCUAAUCCUCAACGAAUAAAUCCUACUGUUGAGUCCUCAUCUUAUAUCUUAGGUAAAAAUAGAUCAACUGUCACUGCGAAAAAUUCCAAUCAACUAAAUAAUAAUUUUGAGUAUAAUCGAUUAAAUUUUAUUCCUGGUUCAAAAUCAUUAUGGGAUUCACCAUUAACAUUACGAGUACCAAGAACAGCAUCAGUAUUGCAAAAAUCUCCUACAAUAUCUAAUCUAUCUGUAUCACCACAACAACGAUCAGAAGAUUUAGAUAAUUCAUCUGACAUGUUAACUCAACGAAAAUACAAGUGUGAUCAAUGUGGAAUAGUAUUUCCAUUAGAUGAAGCUUUAUUUAAACAUAAAACAAGAUUUUGUAUUGGUGUUAAAGAUUCUGGUAUUGGACGAAAACCUGUUUAUUCAGAUGAUGAAGAUAUUGAUGAUAAUAGUAGUUAUGAAGAUAAUAAUUAUAUCAAAAAACCAACCAAAAUAGAAGAAGUUAAUGAAUGGAAAUUACAACGUACAAUGCUUGAAACCGUCGAAGAUAUUGAAGAUCAAAUAUUAAUUAAUACACAAAAAUCACAAAAACAUACGGAUAAUAUAAAAAAACAAGAUAAUAUUUAUAAUGAAAUUCUCGUUGAAUACGAACGAUUACAAAAGCAAGAACAAGAUAUUUUAUGUCAAAUGUACAACUUACAAAUCGAAUCUACACCAGUAAAAGAUCUUAAUAAUAAACUUAAACAAACGAAUCAAUUAACGGAUAAUCAAAACGAUCGAUUUCUAGAAUUACAACGAAGAAAUAAUCGUCUUGAACAAGAACGUCGAAUUAUUCAACAAAAACUUGAAGAAUUAAUAUCAAAUAAUUAUCAGCCAACAACAAUGUCAAAUUAUAAACCAUAUAGAUUGUUACGUGAAAUGAAAGAACAACAAGAGCUUAAUGAAAAAGCUUUAGACUUUCUACGAGGACGAACUAUUUAUACAACUGGGUAUUUAUUUAUUUAUAAAGAUAAUUUUGUGUUUCUUUUUAUUAAAUAG